AGAAUAUUUGACCAUUACUUAUAAACAUUAUAAAAAGAUAAGAUCUCACAUAGCAAACCUCACAAAAGAAGCUCACAUUCAAGAUGGAUUGCUUCAAGUACUUUCUUUAUCUCUCUAUCUUUAUUUCUCUCAAUCUCUUCUUUGGCUCAUGCUCAAGCCAUGAGAAUGAACUCACAUGGACUAAGGAAGCUGCCUUGGAGGCAGAAGCUGUUGCUUCUAUUUCUUGCUCUGGUCAUGGGGAAGCUUUCUUAGAUGGGUCCAUUGGUUCGGACGGCAAGCCCAUUUGCGAGUGUCAUUCUUGUUACGUAGGGCCCGAUUGCUCCAAAUUCACACCCGAUUGUCCUGCCGAUGCUGAUAGUGGAGAUCCACUGUUCUUGGAGCCAUAUUGGAAGAAGCACGCAGCCAGCAGCGCCGUUGUCAUAGCGGGAUGGCACCGUAUGAGCUACAGUUUCAGUGAUCGUUCAACCAUCUCAAUCGAGCUCAGGACACUCAUCCAACGCCUGCACGCCAUCGCCAGAAACGCAAUUACAGAUGGUAGAUUCAUUAUUUUUGGUGAUGGAGCAACACAACUUCUUAAUGCAGCUGUGUAUGCACUCUCGGAAGAUAAUUCGUCACAACCGGCGAGCGUCGUAGCGGCAGCUCCUUAUUACCCGGCAUUCAGAACCCAGACCGAAUUUUUUGAAUCAGAUGAAUACGAAUGGGAAGGAGACGCACGCAUGUGGAAAAACAAAUCUGAUUCAUCCAUGGAAUUUGUUGAAUUUGUAACUUCACCCAACAAUCCUGAUGGACGGCUACAUCAACCUACUCUUCGAGGCCCAUCUGUCAAAACAAUCCAUGACCGUACUUACUACUGGCCACAUUUCACCGCGAUCCCAGCUCCAGCUGAUGAAGAUGUCAUGAUUUUCACACUGUCGAAGACUACCGGCCAUGCUGGUAGUAGAUUCGGGUGGGCCUUGAUAAAAGAUGAGGACGUGUAUCAAAAGAUGAGCAUGUAUAUAGAGCAAAACACCCAAGGUGUCUCACGCGACACCCAAUUGAGGGCUUUCAAGCUUCUCAAAACUGUCUUAAAAGAUGGAGGAAGAGACUUCUUCGAAUUUGGACACAACACGAUGAGGGAUCGAUGGGUCAGAUUAAACAAUAUCUUAUCCAAGUCAAAACGUUUCUCACUCCAGAAACUGGCUCCUAAGUACUGCUCUUACUUCAAAAAGAUCACAGAUCCUUCUCCAGCUUAUGGUUGGCUGAAGUGUGAGAGGAAGGAAGAUAAAGAUUGCGACAGUGUCCUGAGAUCCGCAGGCAUCAUCGGCCGCAGGGGCAGCCUUUUUGAUGCGGGAACCCGCUACGUGCGUCUCAGCCUCAUCAAGAGUUCAGAUGACUUCGACUGGCUGUUGCAACGGCUAAAAGCCUUGGUCGCCAAGGAGAGUGUCAAAACUACUUAAUAUAUAUGGCUCAGAUCUGUGCAUGGUAUACACACAUGGUUUUUAAGUUAUGAACAGUGGGACCCAUGAAUCAGUAAUCCAGACCAUUGGUAUGCCAUGUCCAACCAUGUUAAUUUGGACCCCGCCUCUAAGAUAGCCUUUGAUAGUAAUGUUGAAAGUGUUGAAUAAGUCUCUCACAUGGAUGAGUAGAUAAAUCAAAUUAGUUGAAUAAAUGAUUAUUGGACCAAGAUUACGUUCCAUGGCACACAAACACCAUUGUAACACCGCACUUGUUAUUAUAAAUAAAGCUAGAGAGAGUUAGGGUUUCCCACUACC